AUGUCUCAUCAGGUCUCGAGUUUACAAGACCUACUGAUUAGCCUUUUGGACACCGCUUCCACUUAUCAUUCAAAUGAUACAAUUCGAAAUGAGGUCGCUGAAUCACUUAAGACUAUCAGUGCUCAUCAGCCGAACGUACUGCUUACUGCAUGCCACUUCUAUCUGAUCCAAAAUCCGAAACUCGCCGCGAGCUGUCGAAGUUUCGUGCUGAAAUGCAUGGCAAGAUGCGUUGAAAGUUCCGAAUCCGUUGCCAAACUCGACGAGCAGCUAGCAUUGCUAGUAAUCAAUCUUGCCACUCAAGAGAUGAACAUGACAAAGGAUGCGGACACGGAAUGGGCUGAAGCGGCGAAGGAGGUGCUCGUCACAUUGGCGAAGUCACCAAGAUUCGCCAACCAUGUGAUCGAUGCGAUUCUUCAGAAGUUUCCACCGGGACAACACACCAGUCCCCAUCGAUAUAUUGUGUUGACGAUGGCGACGAUUGCAGAACAUAACCCUUUUGGCCUUGUUCCAUUCCUCACCGAUAUCCUCUCACGAACAGUUCCCCUCCUACAACAUGUCAGAACGGAUCCAUUGAGGUGUGCGUGGGCUCGUGCAAUUUGCUCAUUUUGCGAAGCGGUUCGUGAAUGCGAAACCGAACGCCCGUGUGAGGCUGAUGAAUCUGUUACAGAUCCUUCUCGACCAAGUUCGGCUGCGGAUCUCUCGCAAGAAAUGUCGAAUCGCGCGACGUAUGCGGAUCAAACUGAAGCCGUCUAUGACGUAGUGUUCAAUUGGAUUUAUAGCAAAGAUGCGAGGACUCGUGGUGAAAGCGCAGAAUGUAUUGGAGAAUUGUGCCUAAUGAUUCGACAAACGCGACUUGUCGAGGAUGUCAAGAAAAUCGUCACAAAUAUCCUUCCGUUGUACCGCAAAUCGUACAACGAAUCUCAUAUGAUAACCCAAGGAAUUUGUCGAUUCCUUGAAGCAGCGUGCGUCGAUGAUACUUGUCCAUUAGAGCCUUACCUCGAAGACAUUCUGAAUGCGCUUUUUCCGAAUGCCUGUCUCGAUCCAGAUGAUCCGAACAUCACACUGAGCGUGCAUUCCAUUAAGAAUCACUCAGAAGCUUUUCGAUGCUUCCAUGUCGCUGCUACUCGCUUCGCUGAUCGAAUUGUCUACUAUCUUCUACACAAAAUGCAAAAUGUGGCUGAUUCUCAGAAGCUUGGAGCAAUCAAUGUUCUUCGACAUCUAAUGAACUCGUCAGGUCAAUAUAUGGAAGAUAAACGAAAUUUGGUAAUGAUGGCACUUAAGAAGUUGUUGGCGGUUGAGAAUACCACCUCGAUUCGGGUAAAACGAGCAAUAGUGCAAUUGUGUGUUGCUCUUGCCGAUCAUGCGUAUGUUGAUGCUGAAGGUGGCGACUAUGUGAUCGCGUUUUUGGUUCGAAACUUGGUUGGUCCCACCGAACAGGAACUUCAAGCUAGAAGGAUGGAAUUGGAUGUUGCUGGAACGAAUCAAUUGAAAACGCAAAGUGCGCAAGCAUUACGAACAAUUGCCGGCACUUGUACAUGUGCUAAUAAGCUUUUAUGGCCAUAUCUUCUUGAAUUCAUUUGCGCCGAACGCUAUACACCGGUUGUUGGAGAUAUCUGCGAUUGUAUUCGUAUUUUGCUCAGUCGAGAAGUUGCUGAAGGUCGAGAAAUUGAUUUCCGAACGGGUUUUGAUAAUGUGAAAGUGGCUGGAAGGCAUGCGGUGUUUGCUCGAUUGUUCACUUGUCUUGCAAAUGCGCCAUCGAAUGGAUUCUUAGCGCGAAGAGCUCGCGAAGCUGGCGGAUUAAUUCGAAUUCUCGCCGCGUGGUUCCAUCCGACACUUGGCGGAGUUGCUGAGAAAUGGAAUGAGCGUCUUGAGCCGUUGCUCGACGAGCUUUCGCUCACGACGGUUUCGAGCCCCGAAUCGCCGCCGGCCGAGUUGCGUGGUCGCAAAAUUGCGCGUUGGCAUGAAGCUUGUUUGGAAUGGCUGGCGAUGUGCAUUUCGGCAGUGGUGCAGGGCGAAUGGCGACAGGAGAUCGCUGCGGCCAUGGGAAAACAAUUGGAUAUGUACAAAGAAAUGAGCGAUGAGAAGGCGUUCCUUUUUAGAUGUCUUGGGACCACAUUGGCCAAAAUCACUGACAAGAAGUUCGUCACAGAGCAUCUCAUGCUCAUGUUCAAAUCAACUUCACAUGGUUCACCAGUGGAACGACAAGGAUGCUCGCGUAGUGUGGGAGCUGUAGCUGGUGCUCACAUGGACUUGGUGAUCAUUGAAUUGGAGAAUGUCAGUAAAUGGGAACAUGCCAAAAAGAGCACCGGAUUGUUCGGAUUCAUCAAAGACACAAUGCCAAUGCGACAAUAUCCGGACGCCGAUAUGGUGAAUCUUCGAGCAACCCUAAUGCUUUGCUAUGGAUACGUUGUGAUGGCUUGUAGUCUGGAUACUGUAACUCAGAGAUUGCAACAGACGAUCAUUGUAUUCCUGAGGCACUAUUUUGCAAAUACGAAGCAGGAAACGGUGGUGCGAGAAGCGAUGUUGGAGACGAUGAGAUUGAUCGCAAUGGCGGUUCAUCCUUCGAGAAUCGGAACCGAUUGGAAGUUUGAGGCGAGAAAUGAGCUUUUGGCUUAUGUGAAGGAUUACUUGUCUGGCGAGGCUCCCGAAACUUUGACCAGCUCGCUGCGACUUCUUGCGGCUAAAGCUACAGCCGCUCUGGUGCAACUCCAACCGCCAUUGGCUGAUUCGGAUGUUUCGGAUAUUUGCCAAACCCUAACCAACCACAUUCUCCCGAUGUGUCGUGAGAAGAGUGGUCUCAAAACGCUCGCCUAUGACUUUUUCGAUUACGCUUCCUCGUCAGUACUGUCAAGUAUCUAUAAUGCGCCGACUACGGUAAUGACACCUCCCUCAUCGUCAUCAUCGACUACGGUAGCCGAAGGUCCGAACGGCACCCCGAUUCAUCAUUAUCGACAUCGUGGAGUUGGAAAGGUGCUUUUUAUUGGGGGUUUGAUUCGUAACCUGUGCAUGGACGACGAUGAAUCUGCGACGAUAAUGGACGCCACUGUUCAUCAGUACGGAUUGGCAUUGGAACAGGUUGUUCGAAUGAAGCCGACAACGCAGAAUGUCACGAUUUUACUCAAGAUGCUCCAAUCCUAUUAUGGAAGUCAAGCCGAUCAUGAGCGGUCUAGAGCCGUGGAUUCGACAGUUCUUGUUCUUAGGGUUUACUAUGAAUGCGCAGAGGAUAUCACUCUUGGACGUGCUGCGGACUUCGGACCACUCUCAUCUCUUCUUGCUCGACUUUCCCCAAGACUUGUCGACUCACUGGCUCAUGUGCGAUUGCAAUCGCUGUCGGCAAUUCAUUGGGCGUUGAGACUUGCUUAUAUGCACAAAGGGCAUGGACGAGAUACUGAUCAAAGCCUAUUCUCGUACACCGAAUUCGUUGAUAAGUAUUUAACGACUGGUGAAGGAAAACUUGAUGGGGGGACGGCGAAACGAGCCAUCAAGGCGGUUGCGCAAAUCAUUGAAUAUCGAUUGCCCCAAUCACAGAUGCAAACGUAUCUCACGGCGAUCUUCGAGAUGCUCACUGAUCGGCAAAGUCUUGUCAGCUCCGCCGCUGCUCAGCUUUUGACAUACGCACUGACUGCUCGUGGAUCGACGCUAGUGACCGAGGCGGAAAUACUCGUCACAUCGCUUGUUAACAAAUUGGCUGAUGAUCAGGUCUGUGUUCAGACGCAUACUGAUGUGCUGGCAGCAUUGGUAGCAUUCGCUGCCCAUCAGCAGCAAGCGGUUUGCGAUGUUAUGCUGAAACAACCGUUGCCAUAUUCUGUAAAUAUUAACGAUGCUUGGGAGUGCCUUUCAAGAGAUAAACUUCUAUUUUCGGGGGUUCUUGAUUAUCUCAUUGAAUUGCUUGGCACCAGUCUUGAUAAGCCUUACGAGGUAAUUGAUUCUGGAGGUGGAGUGUCGGCGAAACUUGUCAAUGUCGAACCGUGCCAGUAUAUUGCGGCCAUUUCUGAGGUCAUCAAGAAUGGAGAACCAGAAUCAGUGAUAAUGGAGCGAUUGCCUCUGAUUUUUGCAUUAUUCCUUCAUUUCAUCUGCUCGGUGUCCGACACACAAUUCCCUGUUAUGCAGAAAGAUGGCGCCAAAUCGCCGUUGAUUAUCACUCCUGAACUUCGACGCUCUGCUGAGAAGCCGGCCGGAAUGGCGGUGGUGGCAAUCAAGAAUUUGUUGACACGAACUCGUUCGGAUACAGUCAUCAACGAUAUGAAUCAGGAAAGAGCCUGGAGUGAAUGCCUUGAUAAGGAAUCGUUUAUUCAUGCGUUGACCGUUCUUAUCCGAUCACUGGUUGAUCAACGGCCGUCAUGGGUUGGUCCUCUUGCUAGAACACUUGAGGAAUACGCAGCGAACGAGAGUGAGCCGAGAAGACUAGUCGCCGUAAUUUGUGCAUCGGCACUUAUACGCAGAAGCCCUAACGACACCGGAGAUUUCAAUGAGCAACUUCUUGUGAAAUGCAUUCGACGGCUUGAGGAUUCUCUGACUGAUCCGAGUCUCCGAAUUCGCAAACUCUGUGUAAAGGGUCUUGGUGAUUUAUCGGAAUGUGCGUCGGCGCAAGUAGUUCAACGAUUCGUGAGUAUGGCUGUCGAUGCCGCGAUGGCAGGACUUGAUGAUCAUGGGGAUCACAAGGAUACGGUAGCCAUCGAAUCGAUUCUCGCGUUGAAUAAACUUGUCGCGCGGACUACCAAUGAGCAACUCGUGUCGAUUCUACCACUGGUUCUUCUUAAAAUUCGGCCGUGUUUUGAAAAGGAUUCGGCGCCACUUCGAGCCGCUUCGUUCAGUCUUUUUGGAGAACUCGGCGAACGAGUCGGAGAGAAUAGCAAAGAGUUUCAAGACCAUCUUCACACAAAUAUUGUAACGAUGCUUCUUCACCUCAACGACGAUUCCGAAGAGGUUAGGAACGCAUGUGCGUUGUCAAUUCAUCGCCUCCACUCACUACUGAAUUCAUCGAAUGUCUCGAUAUGUGCGGAUCGCGAAUUAAUCGACGGAAAGUGCCCGACGAGUUACAAUGGAUUUAUAAGACAAUUUGCGAUGAUAUUGGCUAAUUCAUUUCCGGACCAUGUCAAUCAGUAUGCGCUAUCGACACACAAUUAUUUCAAAAGUCCGAGCGCGAGAAUCCGGUGCAAUGCGGCGCUGCUUACCGGAUGUCUGCUCGACGGGCUCAGCCCGCAACUGCGAGCGACGAUUAGCAAAGAUUUGAUAUUCACAGGACUUGCUGCUCUUCUCAAAGAUCCUGAAGACGCGGGAGUCCGAAUAGCAGCGACACGAGCGAUUGCGAACCUUCAUGAUUUCCACUGA